AUGAGUGAAGCAAUCGAGUCGCGAAUAGAAGUUGGGCCCUGUGGUUGCGAGGAGAGCGUGCAGUUGCGGCAUAAAAACGACUCACAACAAGAACAGCCCCAAUGUCUCACAGAUUUCGUUGCCAAGGAUGAGAAUGGGGGUGAUCACAUGUCUUUGAUGGAACAAAACGAAGCUCUGGGUCAAAAGAACGAUCACCGGGAUGCUGAUAAAAAGAAGUUACGAUUAGCUGAAAUUCUGAAGGGAACUCAUCAACUUCACACGGAUAUGAAGAACCCCUUGAUCGACUCGUCGGAGCCAUUUGGGAAGGAUGAGCCAACAGGGAAAAAAGAAUUGUCUGACGCUCAAACUGAAGACUUCGGACAUCUCGAGGAUGGACACACGGUAUGUAAAACUAUCGAUCGAGAAAAGGAAAAUCAAAUGCUCGACGCGUUUGGGAGCGAUGGAGUUUUGGGUCCAACGGGUCGACUGUUGGUGGAUUCGCUCGAAGAAGCUAUUGCGAAACAAAACGAUUUCGACCAAAGGAUCGUCAAUGUUCUGAAGAAGCAAGAGCCAGAGACUUGCGGAUGCUUCAAGCCUCUUCUGGUGGGCUUCUUGGUGAUCGUCAUAGUCUUCUUCGCCUCGCUCGCUUCCGUUUCCGUCUCCAUCGACUCAACCGACCCAAAUGCGCUCUAUAAUCGACAGCAAUACGUC